AUCCUGUGCCAGAAGUCAAUUAAGUGGUCGUCAAAAACACUUUUUUGACAAAUCCGAGGUAUAGUUGGUUUGUUAAAAAAUCGUUAAUUUUGUUAAAAGUUUUACAUAUAUUUGUGAUUCUUAAAGCGAACCAUGGCAAAAAUAUUAAAAGCGUCCACUGGACUUACUGGUCUGACUGUGUCCACGAAUCCACACCACACUCUCAAUGCUCUUUACGGGAAGAUUUUGCGUGCAUUGACUAAAAUGCCUCAAGAUGCUGCUUACCGCAGAUAUACUGAGGAAAUAAUAAAACAACGUGCCAAGGCAGUUGAAACGCAUAAAGAUGUUACGGCGCUUGAGUCAGCACUAGGAUGUGGACAAGCGGAAGAGUUAAUCGUGCAAGCAGAAAAUGAGCUAAUACUUACACGUAAAAUGCUUGGUUGGAAGCCAUGGGAGAAUUUAGUGAAGCCUGCGCCUCCCAAACAAUGGGAUUGGCCACCUGCACAAAUUUCUGAACCAAAGUUAUAAUAACCCAAUAACAAAUAAUUUCAAAAUUUGUUACAAAAUUUUUCCUUCAUAAUUUAAAACAUUUAACGCAAUUUAUUAAUUUAUAUAAUACCUUGUGGAUUUAUGUCGAAGGACUUCAUAGCAGUUUAUAUGUUAAUUAUUAUAUUUGAAAGUAAAUAAUGAGAUCGCUUUAAAAUUGA